AUCGGUGUGUAGAAGGCACAGCUUCAGUUGAUCGAGUCAGUCCUUGCCCUGUCUCAGUUCUUUCACAAGUGCGAUCCCUCUCUCCUGUUCAAUCACCUCAAGCAUCAUCGUCUCCCUCAAAUUCUCCCCUUGCCCUUUCCAACGAAACCAUGGCUGAUCCAGCUCCCAAGCGGAAACGUAUGCCGGUGGGAUGCGGAUUCCGUCCGACCGAACAAGAGCUCAUCGCUCACUACCUUCACCACAGAUUGAAGGCUGAUGAUCCAUCCAUUUACACUACCAUCCCUGAGAUUGACGUUUGCAAGUACGAGCCCCCCGAUUUAUUAGCUCUGGCUGCUUCCGCGAUUUCGUUGACCGAGUUCGACGACUCAGAAUGCUAUUUCUUCGCCCCUCGCGAUUAUAAGUACUCUAACAGUACUCGGUCGAACAGGGCAACAUCGCGCGGCUUCUGGAAAGUUACCGGCAGAGACAGAAAAAUUAAGGAUAGAGACACCAACAAAGUCAUUGGAAUCCAAAGAAUUUUAGUUUUUUAUGAAGGACGUUUUCCUCAAGGAAUUAAAACAAGUUGGGUCAUUCAUGAAUACCAUGAUGCUACAUUUUCUCUCAACCAGAGAACUCAUGUUGUAUGCAAGCUAAUGAAGAAAUAUGACAAGAAAACAAGAAAAAAAAUCAGUACAGACUUGAAGAUUCAAACUCCUUCUCAGUCAAAUGAACUACAGAAUUUAUGAUUCAAACACCUUCCCAAUCAAAUGAAAUUAUAGCAACGAUUCAAACACCUUCCCAAUCAAAUGAAAUUACAGAUUUGAUUCACAUAUUUUCUCAAAUAAAUGAAUCUACUGAUCUGAUGAUUCAAACACCUUUUCAAUCAAAUGAAGUUACAGAUUUGAUGAUUCAAACACCUUUUCAAUCAAAUGAAUCUACAGGUUUGAUGAUUGAAAUACCUUUUCAAUCAAAUGAAGCUUCAAACUCAAUCAUUCAAACACCUUCUUGGUCAAGUGAAAUUUCAGACUUGAUGAUUGGAGCAUCCUCCCAUUCGAAUGAAGUUACAGACUUUAUAAUGCAAACACCUUUUCAAUCAAAUGAAGCUGCAGACCAAAUGAUUCAGAUAUCUCCUGAACUAAAUUCAAUUAUUGAGGCGUCUAAUGAUUUGGAAGAGCUAAUCGCAUCUGUCUCCAAGUAUAUGUAUGAGUUGUCUCCAAGGGUGGUUAUUGGAAAUGACUGUAACACCUAGUAUGCAUUAGCAUGAAGGAAGAAAAUCAUGUGUUAAAGGAAUAGCGAUGUAGCGUUGGUGUACGCUAUUUUUUUUUCAGUAAGUUUUCUAAAUUCUUGUGAUUUAGCAAAAAGAAUGCCAUGUACCUUUUUUAGUUUCAAGUUUUAGUUAUUUAACUUGUAGACAAGGGAGUAAUUAGGCUAGUAACCGAGUCCGUUUAAUUAUAUUAUUUUUAAAUUAAUGUAAAUAUGUG